AUGGCCAGCGCUAAAGAGAACAGAAAUUCGGAUGAAAAAUUAGAGAUAUUCUGUGACCCUUGUCAGGUCGAGAAAGAAUAUAUUUUGGCGGUAUGUUUCUGUGAAGAAUGUAAUGUGUAUUUAUGUCGAAAUUGUAACAAAGUCCAUAAACGACUGGCAUCUACGAGAGAACAUGUUGUGAAAGAGGAGACUGACCUGCCAGAAAAAACGUCGCCCGAGGCAAGUAAAACUGAUUUGCCUGAAAAAUGUCUGUCACAUGGGGACCAGGUGAUAGAUCAUUACUGUAUAUCUCACGAAGAGCUGUGCUGUUCAAUGUGCCUGUCCAAAAGUCACCACAACUGCGAAGAUGUUAGAAACAUACACGAUUAUUUGAAAGAUUUUGAUAUGGAUCAAGAACAGACGAACUUGGAAGGUAAAAUGCGCGGACUUGCUGAUGACAUAGAUAUAACACAGUACUUAGUUCAGACAAGCCUUAAAGCAGUUGAAUUGAAUCAUGAGGUCGCCCAAGCAGAAAUGUUGAAAGUAAAACAAGCUGCUUUUGAACACAUUGAAGGCAUUCACGACACACUUAAGAAAGAGUUGAAUGAGACAAGAGAAAAAGAUACUAAAAAAGUAAUUCCGUACAAAAACAAAUGUGACGCCAUUACAUUUGACAUACACGCAAUGAAAUCUUACCUCAAGGCUAAGAAAAAAGACAAAUAUCGGUCUUUUGUUGCGAUGAAAAAAGCCGGACUUAAAAUAAAAUCAAACCGGGAUGAUUUAAAGGAGUUAAAGCUUAAAAAAUAUCUGAAAGUAAGACGGUAUUGUUUUCAGCCUGAUGCAGACAUGGAUAGUCUGAAAUAUGAACCCUAUAGUUUCGGAAAGCUUAAUGAUCAAAACAAUGCAAUCAAAUCAACUAGUCUUGUUGCUAGCUUGCAUGCUAAAGAUGUUGAUGAGGAAAACAGUUUUUGUUGUUUUACUGGACUGGCAGUUCUAAACACAAACUGUAUAGUUGUAGCGGAUCAUGGUAAUAUGUCUGUCAAACUAGUAGAUGUAGAAGAAGAUAAGAUUCUUUCUAGACUGAAACUCACGACAGCACCAUGGGAUGUAACUGUCAUCUCAGACAAGCAAAUAGCUGUUACUAUACCUGAAAUAAAAACAGUUCAUUUUGUAUCUAUAACUGGAGGAAAUACCCUGGAUAAACAGGAAAAACAGAUAAGCCUAAGCGGAAAAUGUUACGGAGUUACAAAUUCGCAUGACACAAUCAUUGUAACAUUAUGUGAACCCACACCAAAGUAUGAGCAGUACAAUCUUGAUGGAACGUUGUUGCAUUCCAUACAACUCGACGCAAGAAAUCCGCAGUACGUAAGUCUGAAUGCAGAUAAAACAAAAAUGUAUAUUUCAGAUAAUUACAACCAAAAAUACAUUCAAGAAAUAUCAGUUACUGAACAAAGAAAAGUGGAUACGUUACGAGUACAAAAUGUUACUGGCAUGGCGAUAGACAAAACAGAUGUUUUGUAUUAUCUGGUCUCAAGCAUUUCUCCCAUUUAUGCCGUCUGCAUUGAUAAAAUGCAGGACAGACAGCGACAAAGUUUCAGUCUUAUUUCAGACUCCAUAGGAAGAAAGAAGUGUUUGGCGUAUUGUGAUGAAACAAACAGACUCUUUGUUGGAAUUCAAGGAGAAGAAUACGCAGUACAAGUAUAUUAUGUAGUCUGA